AUGGCAAUCAAGGUAACCACGCGUCUCGAUAUCAACAACGGCAAAAACCCCAACCUUCUAACACCCCCAAUCAUGAAACAGGUCGUCGAAUCGUCCGAAUACCUCAAACUCCGUCUCUCGCUCCUCGAGAAGGAGAAGGCGCACACACGCCAGCGCGACGAGUUGACCAAACUCCGCCAAGCACUCCCGGCAAUUGAGAUCACCAAACCCUACAGGUUCCAGAGCGUGGACCCCUCCGGCACCACGAAGGAGGUAUCACUAGAAGAUCUCUUCGACGGCCGCCCCCAACUCAUCAUCUACCACUUCAUGUUCGAGCCCGACCGCGACGCCGGCUGUCCCUCCUGCACGCUGAUGGGGGACCACAUCCCACCACUGGAGCAUUUGAAAUCACACAACACGUCGUUCGCAGCUGUGUCGCGCGCCCCGAUCGACAAAAUCGAAGCCUACAAGAAACGCCUCGGCUUCACGUUCCCCUGGGUGAGUUCCUACGGCACAGACUUCAACUUCGACUUCAACGUCAGCACGGAUCCCGAGGUCAAGCCCGUCCAGUACAAUUUCCUCAGCGAGGAUGAGUUGAAGGACAGGAAGAUGCUGCAUUUCACCCGGGGCGAGCAGCCGGGCACUUCGGUGUUUGUCAAGGGUGGCUUAGGCAUUGGUGAAGAAGGUAAGAUCUAUCACACGUAUAGUACUUAUGCGAGAGGUGGGGAAGCACAGAUCGGCACGCUGUUGUGGUUGGAUAUGACACCUCUUGGUCGUCAGGAUGGUGCCAAUGGUAUUGGAGGCUUGGGUUAUAAGCGUCGGGAUGAGUAUGAUGAUAGUGACUUGCAAGCGACGGGCGGUGUUAGAUUCACUUAA